AUGGCCUGCAUCACUCCCCACGCCCCAACUUUUGCUCCACUGAAAGGAAGGAGUCACUAUGAAAAGAGGAUAAGGAAAAAGGAGUUCUUCAACGCUAUGUCGAUUGAACACCACCAUGCAGACCAUCAUGUGAUUUAUCCUACAAACAGAUGCCUCCCUUCCAUAUAUAACUCUCCUCUUGUACUGCUCCAUGUUCCCUCGGAUGUGAUUCCUCCUCAAACUUCUUCCUCACAAAAACCUGCAAACACUGUGGACACAAUGAAGGUAGAUAAGCUGCAAGCCAUGGAGAGGUUCAAAGAGAAUACAUACCUGUCAAUGGCCAUCCAAUACAGUCUGAGAGUUGUGGCUCUCGGGCUCUUUCUCUCUUGCCUCAACUGGCUUCCUUAUCUAAGGUUAUUCUUCUUGGUUUCACUUCCUAAUGUUAGCAGCGUGGUCUUUGGUCCCAAGUGCUUGUUCGUGGUCUCCAACAUCAUCAUCAUCUUCCUCGUCGGUGAGUCGAGGCUCACCAGGCAACCAUCUCGGCCAGAUGUGUACGAGGAAUACGUGAAGCGGCGCCGAGGUCUUCAUGGGGCAGCAUGUAGCGAGGCGAAGGAGGCCGAAGCGGAGAAAGGAUGUGAUGGACAAGAGGGAGUGGGGAGAGAGCGCGAGGAAGAGAAAGGUCUGCCUGCGGAGGAGCUCAACAGAAGAGUGGAAGACUUCAUUGCCAAGGUCAACAUGCAGAGGAAGCUUGAAGCAAGAAUGCUGAUUUGUUGUUGUGGGUGAUGAAAAUGAGGAGAAUAAUGACAGGAUAUGAUUAAUAGUGAGUGUGUAAACACUGGUGAUAGAGUUUAGAGUGAGAAUUCAUGUAAUUGGAAAGCUCUCUUUUCCAGAGCUAUAUAUUCGGCAAAAGAGAUGCAUUUUGCUGCAUCAUUUUCCUUUC